GGAUUCUCUUCAGCAUCUGGAGAGCUCACCGUCUGUUAUGUCUUUGUGUGAAGACAUGCUGCUUUGUAAUUAUCGCAAGUGUCGCAUCAAACUCUCUGGUUAUGCAUGGGUCACUGCCUGCUCUCACAUCUUCUGUGAUCAGCAUGGCAGUGGUGAGUUUAGUCGUUCACCAGCUAUCUGCCCUGCCUGCAAUAGUACCCUUUCUGGAAAGCUAGAUAUUGUCCGCACAGAACUCAGUCCAUCGGAGGAAUAUAAAGCCAUGGUAUUGGCGGGACUUCGACCAGAGAUUGUGUUGGACAUUAGCUCCCGAGCACUGGCCUUCUGGACAUAUCAGGUACAUCAGGAGCGUCUCUAUCAAGAAUACAAUUUCAGCAAGGCUGAGGGCCAUCUGAAACAGAUGGAGAAGAUAUAUACUCAGCAAAUACAGAGCAAGGAUGUAGAAUUGACCUCUAUGAAAGGGGAGGUCACCUCCAUGAAGAAAGUGCUAGAAGAAUACAAGAAAAAGUUCAGUGACAUCUCUGAGAAGCUUAUGGAGCGAAAUCGCCAGUAUCAAAAGCUUCAAGGUCUCUAUGAUAGCCUUAGGCUACGAAACAUCACCAUUGCUAACCAAGAUGGUACCCUCGAACCAUCCAUGAUCACGCAAUCUGGUGUUUUUGGCUUCCCAUUAGGGAACAACUCCAAGUUUCCUUUGGACAGUACACCAGUUCGAAAUCGGGGUGGUGGAGAUGGAGAUUUUCAGUUCAGACCAUUUUUUGUGGGUUCUCCCACAGCACCUGAACCCAGCAACAGCUUUUUUAGUUUUGCCUCCCCAAGUCGUGAAUUAGAGCAGCAGCAAGUCUCUAGCAGGGCCUUUAAAGUAAAAAGAAUUUAGCUCACUUUACAGAAUGUUUCUCUGUUCACUUUCAGUGAUUUCAUUUAGCAAAUAAUCUUUGUUCUAGUUAAGAGUCACCAACCUCCCUGUGGUAUUAAAAAAGUUGUCUUCACAUUUUCAACUUAUAAGAAACUCAGUGGCAGUGGGGGAUGGCUUUAGAGUUUGGUUUCUUUUUCUGUUUCCAUUCCAAAAGGGAUGAGCAUUUUAUUAAACUCACUUUGACUGUGAACUGUUGAGUUUUCAACCAUAGUGAAAAGGUUACAAUAUUAUUGGGAGUUUUGUAGAUCACCAUUUGUUUCUGUCUGGGAUAUUUCUGACUGAGCUAUGUACUUAUGCAUAUGUAUAUAAGUACCCAUGUUAUAUGUCUACAUGUCAUUUUGGGUUCUGGUAUUUAUGCAUAUACGUAUAUGUGUUCCUUUACAUUGGUAUUUUGCUGUAUUUGCCAGUAGAUUUAUGUGAACAUUUUGGUCUCAGGAAAUGGCAGGUGAGUCUGUAGCUUGUUAUUUGGGUGUGUACAUUUAUUUGCAUAUGUUUAUGUAUUUGCCCUUGUAUUAACUUGUUUAGAGGUAUGCUUAUGUCAGUGAAUGAGAGUACAAUUUGAUGCAUAUAUGUUCAGUUCCUAUUUCUGUUUAAAAAUAAUUUACAUUGAUAAAGUAAUUUUGUAAAGUUGAUUUUUUGGCAUUUAUUUUAAAAUAAAAUUACUUCUUUCUCUACCCUUUUGCCAGCUGUUGCCUUGUGUCUACUUAUUUAGGAAUGUACUUCUACUGCAGACAACUUACCAAUAUGUUAUUGAUCUCAAGAGAUUAUAUUAAUUAAAAUACUUUU